GUGAUCCACAUCCACAGCAGCAGGAGGGGUGAGGUGGCCAGCCGCUGAUCCGCCGGUAUCAUGGCUUCCUAACGAGGAGGGGGAAGUGAAUGAGAGGAAAACAAGGAUUUUUGUCGAGCGACCGACAGAUUAUCGUCCUUUCCAGACAACUGAGAGUGGGACUGAGGGGCUCGGGCUCCCUUUUCGCCCCCCCCCAUCCACACACACGGUCGCCUACUGGGAUCCAGGAUAUACUUUAUCAUUUCAUUGUUGAGUCUGCCUUCGUGAACCGUGGAAGAUGGCCGACCCGGCGGAGUGCACCAUCAAAGUGAUGUGCCGUUUUAGGCCCCUGAACAGCUCUGAGGUGGUCAGAGGCGACAGAUACAUUCCCAAGUUUCAAGGGGAAGACACCGUUGUAAUCGCGGGCAAGCCGUACAUGUUUGACAGAGUGUUUGCAUCAAAUACAACACAGGAACAAGUGUACAACGCUUGCGCCCAGAAGAUUGUAAAAGAUGUUCUGGAGGGAUACAACGGGACAAUUUUUGCAUAUGGGCAGACAUCAUCUGGCAAAACACACACCAUGGAGGGGAACCUCCAUGACACAGAUUCGAUGGGCAUCAUCCCCAGGAUAGUUCAAGACAUCUUCAACUACAUCUAUUCCAUGGAUGAAAAUUUGGAGUUUCAUAUCAAAGUUUCAUAUUUUGAAAUUUACUUAGACAAGAUCCGGGACCUUUUGGAUGUGUCAAAGACUAAUUUGUCAGUGCAUGAAGACAAAAACAGAGUGCCCUACGUCAAGGGCUGUACUGAGAGGUUUGUCUGCAGUCCGGAGGAGGUCAUGGAUACAAUUGAUGAAGGCAAAUCUAACAGACAUGUAGCAGUCACAAACAUGAACGAGCACAGCUCCAGGAGUCACAGUAUCUUCCUGAUUAACGUCAAACAGGAGAACACUCAGACAGAACAGAAGCUCAGCGGCAAACUCUAUCUGGUGGAUCUGGCUGGUAGUGAAAAGGUCAGUAAAACAGGAGCGGAGGGAGCUGUGCUGGAUGAAGCAAAGAACAUCAACAAGUCUCUGUCGUCCCUGGGGAACGUCAUCUCAGCUCUGGCUGAAGGAACAGCCUACAUCCCCUACCGAGACAGCAAGAUGACCCGUAUCCUGCAGGACUCGCUGGGUGGUAACUGUCGAACCACCAUCGUCAUCUGCUGCUCGCCUUCCUCCUAUAAUGAGGCUGAAACCAAAUCCACCCUCAUGUUCGGACAGAGAGCAAAGACCAUCAAGAACACUGUGACGGUGAACAUCGAGUUGACAGCAGAGCAGUGGAAGCAGAAGUAUGAGAGGGAGAAGGAGAAGAACAAGACCCUGAGGAACACCAUCACCUGGCUGGAGAACGAGCUCAAUCGCUGGAGAAACGGCGAGAGCGUGCCAGUGGAGGAGCAGUUUGACAAGGAGAAAGCCAACGCCGAGGUUCUGGCCCUGGACAACAUUAUCAACGACAAGCCGGCCACCACGCCCAACGUACCCGGUGUUCGUCUCACUGACGUGGAGAAGGACAAGUGUGAGGCUGAGCUGGCCAAGCUUUACAAACAGCUGGAUGAUAAGGACGAGGAGAUCAACCAGCAGAGCCAGCUGGCAGAGAAGCUGAAGCAGCAGAUGCUGGAUCAGGAGGAGCUUCUGGCCUCCUCACGCCGCGAUCACGAGAACCUCCAGGCAGAGCUGAACCGCCUGCAGGCGGAGAACGAAGCCUCCAAGGAGGAGGUAAAGGAAGUGCUUCAGGCUCUGGAGGAGCUGGCCGUCAACUACGACCAGAAGAGCCAGGAGGUGGAGGAUAAGACCAAGGAGUUUGAGGCCAUCAGCGAGGAGCUUAGCCAGAAAUCGUCCAUCCUGUCAUCCCUGGACUCUGAGCUCCAGAAGCUGAAGGAGAUGUCCAACCACCAGAAGAAGAGGGUGACAGAGAUGAUGUCAUCACUGCUCAAAGACCUGGCUGAGAUCGGCAUCGCUGUGGGCAGCAAUGAUAUCAAGCAACAUGAGGGCGGCAGCGGUCUGAUAGACGAGGAGUUCACGGUGGCCCGGCUCUACAUCAGUAAGAUGAAAUCAGAAGUGAAGACCAUGGUGAAACGCUGCAAGCAGCUGGAGGGCACCCAGUCAGAAAGCAACAAGAAGAUGGACGAGAACGAGAAGGAGCUGGCCGCCUGCCAGCUGCGCAUCUCCCAGCAUGAGGCUAAGAUCAAGUCCCUGACGGAGUACCUGCAGAAUGUGGAGCAGAAGAAGAGGCAGUUGGAGGAGAACGUGGACUCUCUGAAUGAGGAACUCGUCAAGCUCAGCGCUCAGGAGAAAGUUCAUGCUAUGGAGAAAGAGAACGAGAUCCAGACGGCCAAUGAAGUCAAGGAAGCGGUGGAGAAGCAGAUCCACUCCCAUCGCGAAGCUCACCAGAAGCAGAUCAGCAGCCUGAGAGACGAGCUGGACAACAAGGAGAAACUCAUCACUGAGCUGCAGGAUCUGAACCAGAAGAUCAUGCUGGAGCAGGAGAGACUCAGAGUCGAGCAUGAGAAACUCAAAUCCACCGAUCAGGAGAAGAGCCGCAAGCUGCACGAGCUCACGGUGAUGCAGGACAGAAGGGAGCAGGCCAGACAGGACCUGAAGGGACUGGAGGAGACAGUGGCAAAGGAGCUGCAGACCCUGCAUAACCUGAGGAAGCUCUUUGUCCAGGACCUGGCUACCAGAGUGAAAAAGAGCGCUGAGAUGGACUCAGACGACACAGGUGGGAGUGCAGCUCAGAAACAGAAAAUUUCCUUUCUUGAGAACAAUCUUGAGCAGCUCACCAAAGUUCACAAACAGCUGGUGCGUGAUAAUGCAGACCUGCGCUGUGAGCUUCCAAAACUGGAGAAGCGUCUUCGCGCUACAGCUGAGCGGGUCAAGGCCCUGGAAUCUGCUCUGAAGGAGGCCAAGGAGAACGCCGCCCGCGACCGCAAGCGCUACCAGCAGGAGGUGGACCGCAUCAAGGAGGCCGUCAGGGCCAAGAACAUGGCCAGGAGGGGACAUUCGGCCCAGAUCGCCAAACCCAUCCGGCCUGGGCAGCAGCCAGUGGCAUCACCCACUCACCCAAACAUCAACCGCAGCGGAGGAAGCUUCUACCAGAACAGCCAGACGGUGUCCAUCAGAGGAGGAAGCAGCGGCAAGCCAGACAAGAACUGAAGAGCAGCUGGAUAGAAGGACGACAUCACAGAAGAAGCCAAUAUCACCCCCCGCCCACCCCGACAACCUGUCAUUCCAUUACAGCGGACAAGCUCCUCGUCGCUGCUUUGGAGCCACGAAGGAGUUUCUGAAUUAUAAAUAUAUAUAUAUAUAUAUUAUAAAUAUUCCUGGCCUGUACAGCUCCAAUCCCCCACCUUCACCAACCCACUUACCCCUAUGUCCCCCCCCUCAAUUCUCAUCACGACUUAUCUCUUUUUUUUUUUUUUUUUUUUUUUUUUUCCUCUCUUACUGGAUAUAAUUAAAAAAAAAAAAAAAAAAAAAAAGACAACAAAUUUUAAUUUUACAAAAGAUAAUAUUCUUAUCCACCGAACCAAACGCAGUCUUGAGCGCAGCCUCGGCGAGCGAAACCGCACACGACUGGAAUGUGUAGCUUCGGUUUCGUUUUUUGUUUUGCACAGUCUGUCGUCAUCUGUCGUCGUCGUGCGAGUAGUUCUGCACUGUGCCAAGCUGAAUGUAACGGUAGCAAGAUCCGACUUAAAAAAAAAAAAAUGAAUAACACACCUAAAACAAACAAAAAGACUAAAAAAAAAAACAAAAAAAAAAAGGAGACCCUACCACGAGAAAUAGCUUGACCCUAUAGGCUAACCUCUGUACAUUUCAACAUUACUACUAUUGGUUGUUAACCACACUUUUCUCUGGAUAGAUUUUACAUGCUUCUUUAAGGAAAAAAAACUACAAAAAAAAAAAAAUACGUACGGUUUUGAAAUGACUAGAUGGCGUCGAGCACUACUGUUCUGUCCGGUCUUGAUGUACAGAUUGUAAAAUUGGCACUACUGCACACGCUUCCCUGGUGAGAGAGAGCUGUAUGGAAAUAGGGGAAACGGCUAAAAAGAAGGAUUUAAAAAAAAAAAUAAAAAGCCAAGACGUGCGACAGUGUACUGUAGAUGUAUUUAACUAAAUACCUGUGGAGGCCAAUUGUUUUUAUCAUUAAGUUAAAAUAAAAACCUAUACUCGUUAUUGGUGACUUCAUGAGAAGGAUGAAUAAGAAUGUAGAAAAGGAAGGACGGAAAGAUGAGAAUGAUCCGGUUAACACGACACACUUCCACUUUUAAGCAUAGACGUUAUGCUCAGUAGCUAAAUGUACUGUUUUUACUUCUCUCAGUGGUUAGUAAACGCUGUGUUUAAUGGACGCUAUUUAUAUCUCCUCGCACAUCGGAGCACAUAGACUUCAGGCAUAUAGACUGAUAGCACACACGAUGCUUGUCCUGUCCUAGCUGGGUCGCUGUCACUCACUCGUCCCCAACAUGCGUCCCCCCCUCCUCUCCUCUCCUCCCACCACCUUCGCUCACAUAUUCAGGACCUUGUUUUGUUUUUUUUAGUCGUAAGCCCUCAUUUGAUCCCUGCCGUAUCAAGUUGAAUUCUUUUUCAAGGGUGCCUCGCUUCUAUAUUAUUUUUUUUUUCUCGUCUUCCUUCCCCCUACACCCUCUUUUGGUUGUUUCGAAUAGAUUUAGGACCUGUAAUUGUACGUUCCCCCCCCUCCACACCCCUUUUUUUGUUGUAAUUUGCAUAAAGCAAUGUGUUUCGCUGGGUUUUAUGUACUGUAUCACUUUCAUUGUUCCAUAGAUCAGAAAGCUUAGAUGCAUAUUUGAUGGGGGGGGAAACGGCGGGCGGGCAGGGGGGUGUCAGUCGAUGGCUCGGACCUUUUUGCCGCUGAUCAGCCAGUCAGGAGAGCAGGGUCUAAAAUUGCACAACAAUCUUCUGUCAUCAUCUGGAGGGAAGGGUUUAUUUAACGAAAUCUAGUCAGCGGUGUAGGAUUUAUUUUGUGUUUUGUUGUCUUUAAUGUAUUUUUUAGAGUGUUUUUCAUGAUUUUUUUUUUUUUUUCCCCCCCUUUUAAAUCCCACUACGGCUUGAUUUUUUCUUUUUUUUUUUUUACCCUGUGAAGCCCCAGUGCAUCGGCAAAGAGCUUGUUGUGAUUGUAAUCCCAGCAUGAGAACACUAACAUCUUGUGCAAGUGCAAUAUACUGUUAAAUACACUGUAAAUCAGUCGACUGGCAGGUGUGAUCAGGGUGCGUUUGCAGCGGUAAUCCUGCCAUACAGAGUCAAAGUCCUGUCCCACUUUUCUUUUAGCGUCUGUUUCACUAACUUUUGGUUUUUUUUCUCUUUGCUCUUUCUUAAAAGCUGAAACAUGAUUACAGGGAUUUUUCUGUCCAUAUUCUAAGAUUAAGGAGUAUCUACUUCUGUGCUGAAAGAUAAACUCCAUCCAGUGCAGUAGUAGAUAUUUAAAUUAGAAAAUGAACAAUUAAGUUUCAGCUUUUAAAGAAACUGCUGGAAAAUAUAUAUUUUUUCUGUUGACAAUAGUGGAACAAAUCUAGCUCGAAAUGGAAGGGGGACGGGAGUUUGAUGUCAUAGUAAAACCUGUCAUCUUGGAACAGGAAAAUUGGGUUUAAUAGCACUUCUUCACAAUAUCUGCACUCAGAAAAAACACUCCAUAUGUGGCUGUUUUUUGACUGGAGGAAAAAAAAGAAGUUUCCGAAGCCCUGUAAAUGGAUCUGUUUGUUGACGGCAAAUAAUUUAACUAGUAAUAAUUACUUUGUACAAGCUGCAGGGAGGAGUAGCUUCCCCCCCCCCCCCGUAUCUAUGACAGGACAGUGUUUGGUGUCUAUCGAGAUGGUUUAUUCCCUCUGUGUAAUCUUCUAGAUUAGUUAAAACUUUGCAGCAUGGACCUCAAAAUGUUUAUCCUUUGACCUCCAACCAAAACUGGAUAUGAAAUGGGGAAAAAAAAAUAUAGUUAAAAAUAAAAACAGCAAAGAAUAUUUGUGGUGUUUACCUAAAUUGAAUUUUGCAUUAAUUCUAAAUUUAAAAAGUGUAGCUACUUUUUUUUAUUACUGUGUAAUAGUCGGUCAAGUUUUAAAGGACAGUUUUGAGGAUCCAUCAGUGGACGAGGUACUGGAUCAUUCCUGGAGAACUGGGGCACAAAUAGCAGGGCUCUGAUAUGAACGGAGAUGGGAAGUUAAUGAGAUCACAGUUUUGGAUUGACUGCAUGAUGUAAAUGUAUGUGUGAUUAAAUAAUUAUGAGAAAACA